CAUUAAGCUGUCUGACGUGGGGCAGAAGUCCUUUGAGGUGAGGAAUCCGCCACUUCCAGCUGGGCAGCAGAGAACGGAUGGACCUUCACCCGACGCCAGUGUGGAACUUCAAAAUACUUGUGAUCUCAGUCCAGAAUCUAUUUACAUUGACUAUCUGUGACAUCAGAACUCAGACUUUAUAAAUGGACCCGCACAGGUCCGACAGUUUGCUGACACCGGCAGGGAAUGGCCCUGUACUGCGGCCGAUUAGUCGAGAGAGAACCAGGCCAGCAGGAGAGGGAGAGCAAUGCUGCAUGCACUCACUUCUGCUCUGAUUUUGAGCGUGCUUAAACAGACACUGAGCCAGCAGUGUGGAGGCCCAUGCCACUGCCCCUUGCCAGUCUCCAGCUGUCCGCCUGGUGUGGCCCUGCUGUGGGACAGGUGCCACUGCUGCCAGGUGUGUGCCAGGCAGGAGGGCCAACCGUGUUCUGAGCACUAUGUGUGCGACACCCUCAAGGGCUUGCAGUGUGACUAUAGUGCCAGCUACCCUGAAGGACCUGGGGAAUGUAUCAGCCAGAACUUGCUGGACUGCGAGCUGAACGGUAGGCGUUACCAUGAGGGGCAAAGCUUCCAGCCCUCCUGUGCUCAGCAAUGCAAGUGCUCAGGUGGAGGGAUCACCUGUGUGCCUCUGUGCCCCGAUGACCUGCAGCUGCCCAGUGCCACCUGUCUGCACCCGCGGAUGGUGAAGUUGCCCGGCAGCUGUUGCCCACAGUGGGUGUGUGAUGUCCUGGACAACAGAAUCGCUCCGGACACACCCACAGGUCUGCUGGUGGACAGAGGCAGGAGGUCCUGGCUUGAGACGUCAGGCCAGAGUCCAGGCCUCGGGUCCAACUGCGUGGACCAGGCAUCGGAGUGGAGCCCCUGCUCCCACAGCUGUGGACCCGGCCUUUCCAGCCGCACCACCAACCGCAACCGGUGCUGUCGCCCGCAGACACAGACGCGGUUCUGCCAAAUUCGUCCCUGCUAUACAGCAUCAUUACCCCUCACACAGAUGGCUCACGGCUCCUGUGAAAACGGCGUCCGUUCCCGACUGCCUGUCCGCCUGGAGCACCGGGGGUGCCGGAGCACUUCGCUCCUUCGGCCGUGCUACUGCGGACAGUGUCCGGACGGCCGGUGCUGUACCCCCCACCACACACGGACCGUCCACCUGCGCCUCCACUGCCCCCGUGGCGGUGCCAUCCACCAGGCGGUCAUGCUGAUCGAGUCCUGCACCUGCCACAUCAGCUGCCCAGCGUCUCCCCUGGCAACACCGUGGGGAACUCUGUGGGGAGCUUAUUAAUUUAAUAAUUAAUAAUAAUAAUAAUCCUAAUAUUAAAAGAGGGUCUAGACAGACAAUAGGAAAGGGAUCAGAUUCACUUAAAAAUGGUGUCAUUUAUUAUGGCCAGGAAAUAACAUGGGUUGCUUUAAAGAAUAUUGUCUCCCACUUUCAUUGUCUUGCAUUGUAAGCAACUGAAAGCCAAAAGUAAAUGACAGUGUAGUGAGACUGGUGGGGUAUGUUGUGUUUGGAACCACAACUUUCUAUUCAAGAUGGAUUUCUUUUCUUGUAUACCCUAAUUAGACAGGUGAAAAACUACUCUUACAAAAAGGCUGAUGCAAAACUGUAUCA